GCCUACUGCUAAAUGUCUUGGGAUGUUUUUGCUAAAAUAAUAUCCAGUAUUGUAGAUGAUCUUAUCUAUAUUUGCAAUAAUCAUAUAUGUUAUUGAUUGCAUUAUGGGCUAUGUUGUUGAGUGCGUUAUGGGCUAUGUUAUUGAGUGCAUUAUGGGCUAUGUUGUUGAGUACAUUAUGGGGUAUGUUAUUAAGAACAUUGUGGGGUAUGUUAUUGAGUACAUUAUGGUUAUUGAGUACAUUAUGAGGUAUGUUAUUAAGAACAUUGUGGGGUAUGUUAUUGAGUGCAUUAUGGGCUAUAUUAUUGAGUGCAUUAUGGGCUAUGUUAUUGAGUACAUUAUGGGGUAUGUUAUUAAGAACAUUGUGGGGUAUGUUAUUGAGUACAUUAUGGUUAUUGAGUACAUUAUGAGGUAUGUUAUUAAGAACAUUGUGGGGUAUGUUAUUGAGUGCAUUAUGGGCUAUAUUAUUGAGUGCAUUAUGGGGUAUGUUAUUGAGUACAUUAUGGGGUAUGUUAUUGAGUACAUUAUGGUUAUUGAGUACAUUAUGAGGUAUGUUAUUGAGAACAUUGUGGGGUAUGUUAUUGAGUGAUUUAUGGGGUAUGUUAUUGAGUACAUUAUGGUUAUUGAGUACAUUAUGAGGUACGGUUAUUGAGUACAUUAUGGGGUAUGUUAUUGAGAACAUUGUGGGGUAUGUUAUUGAGUGAUUUAUGGGGUAUGUUAUUGAGUACAUUAUGGUUAUUGAGUACAUUAUGAGGUACGGUUAUUGAGUACAUUAUGGGGUAUGUUAUUGAGAACAUUAUGGGGUAUGUUAUUGAGUACAUUAUGGGGUAUGUUAUUGAGUACAUUAUGGGUAUGUUAUUGAGUACAUUAUGGUUAUUGAGUACAUUAUGAGGUAUGUUAUUGAGAACAUUGUGGGGUAUGAUAUUGAGUACAUUAUGGUUAUAGAGUACAUUAUGAGGUGUGUUAUUGAGAACAUUAUGGGGUAUGUUAUUGAGUACAUUAAGAGGUAUGAUAUUGAGAACAUUAUGGGGUAUGUUGUUGAGUGCAUUAUGGGGUAUGUUAUUGAGUACAUUAUGGUUAUUGAGUACAUUAUGAGGUAUGUUAUUGAGAACAUUAUGGGGUAUGUUAUUGAGUGCGUUAUGGGGUAUGUUAUUGAGUGCAUUAUGGGAUAUGUAAUUGAGUACUCUAUGGGGUAUGUUACUGAGUGCAUCAUGGGGUAUGUUACUGAGUGCAUUAUGGGGUAUGUUACUGAGUGCAUUAUGGGGUAUGUUACUGAGUGCAUUAUGGGGUAUGUUACUGAGUGCAUCAUGGGGUAUGUUGUUGAGUGCAUUAUGGGGUAUGUUGUUGAGUGCAUUAUGGGGUAUGUUGUUGAGUGCAUUAUGGAGUAUGUUGUUGAGUGCAUUAUGGAGUAUGUUGUUGAGUGCAUUAUGGGAUAUGUUAUUGAGUGCAUUAUGGGGUAUGUUGUUGAGUGCAUUAUGGGGUAUGUUGUUGAGUGCAUUAUGGGGUAUGUUGUUGAGUGCAUUAUGGGGUAUGUUAUUGAGUACAUUAUGAGGUAUGAUAUUGAGAACAUUAUGAGGUAUGUUAUUGAGAACAUUAUGGGGUAUUUUAUUGAGUGCGUUAUGGGGUAUGUUAUUGAGUGCAUUAUGGGGUAUGUAAUUGAGUACUCUAUGGGGUAUGUUACUGAGUGCAUCAUGGGGUAUGUUACCGAGUGCAUUAUGGGGUAUGUUGUUGAGUGCAUUAUGGGGUAUGUUGUUGAGUGCAUUAUGGAGUAUGUUGUUGAGUGCAUUAUGAGGUAUGUUAUUGAGUGCAUUAUGGGGUAUGUUGUUGAGUGCAUUAUGGGGUAUGUUGUUGAGUGCAUUAUGGGGUAUGUUGUUGAGUGCAUUAUGGGGUAUGUUGUUGAGUGCAUUAUGGGGUAUGUUAUUGAGUACAUUAUGGGGUAUGUUAUUGAGUACAUUAGGGUUAUUGAGUACGUUAUGAGGUAUGCUAUUGAGUGCAUUAUGGGGUAUGUUGUUGAGUGCAUUAUGGGGUAUUUUGUUGAGUGCAUUAUGGGGUAUUUUGUUGAGUACAUUAUGGGGUAUGAUGUUGAGUACAUUAUGGGGUAUGUUGUUGAGUACAUUAUGGGGUAUGUUGUUGAGUGCAUUAUGGGGUAUGUUGUUGAGUACAUUAUGGGGUAUGUUAUUGAGUACAUCAUUUGAAUACCUUACUACAUGCCCUAAAAACGUCUUUGGAAGUUAUUUCUCAAAAAAUGACAUGAUAUUUUUGAAAAGCAUCAUAAUUUUUUUAAUGAAUUGGGACACACA